UUACGCAGCUUUUUAAUAAUGGCGUCUGUACGAGAGAUGCGACCAGGUCUUCAAAAAUGAAGCGGAGAAGAAGUCUAUUCUAGAAAUUUCGAGACUUAUACAGGGUUUCAGUAAGUGGGCUGUCAACGUCUUCCAGUGAUUUUGUUCACUUUUUUCUUUUUUGAGACCCCGAAAUGAUGAAGAUCAAAUCGAAUCAAACGCGGACAUAUGACGGGGAUGGCUACAAGAAGCGCGCCGCCUGUCUGUGCUUCAGAAACGAGAGUGAGGAGGAGGUGUUGUUGGUGAGUAGUAUCCGGCAUCCAGGCAAGUGGAUCGUCCCUGGUGGAGGGAUGGAGCCGGAGGAAGAGCCCAACGUUGCUGCUGUUCGAGAGGUGUGUGAAGAGGCUGGUGUCAAGGGGACAUUGGGGCGUCUACUAGGAAUUUUCGAGAACACAGACAGGAAGCACAGAACAUAUGUCUAUGUCCUCAUCGUUACAGAGAUGUUGGAAGACUGGGAGGACUCUGUGAAUAUUGGGAGAAAAAGGGAAUGGUUUAAUACAGAGGAUGCCAGAAGAGUGUUGCAGUGCCACAAGCCUGUGCAGGCCUCGUACUUUGAGGCCCUACAACAGGGCAGCCUGAGCAGCAACGGGACACCCCUGGUGACCACGAUAGGGGGAGAAGAGCACUCCCCUACCUACAAUAUCAACCAGAGCUCCAGAUCGAGUAUAAGAUAACUAAAACACAGAAACUCCUGGAGACUUCUCCACAUCUUUUACCUGCUUCUUUUUCUUACUUAAUCCUGCUCCUACUACUUUUUUUUUUUACCUUCAAAAUAUCAACAAAUGUUUGCCUUGCCAGCCUUCUUGUGCCAGAGUGGAGGUACAGACUUAACAAGUGUUGGGCGAAGAAGAUAUAACACUUUGUAAUUUGAAUGUUUUUUUUGUUGCUUUUUACUAGUGAUUGCAUGAGAUAUUCCCAAACACUUGUCCUCCUUUACCUCGGUUCCUCUCUCAUAAGUUUGAUGAAUGAAACUUUCUGCUUUGGUGACGUAAAGUAUUGGUAUUGAAUGUGUUUACAGAAGAAAACAGGCUCUGCAGGGUCUUGUUUUGCUAACACUUUACUUGAAGUUGCCACACCCCUUUUUUAUAUGGCAUUCAUAAGAAUGACAACCUCUCACCAUAUACCGUGACAGAUCAUUAGUGUAAUACCUACUCCCAACUGUGUUAAGAGUUAUAAAGUAUGACAGUCUAUUUCAGUGUGACAUUUUUUAUUGUUUUUUUUUUCUUCAUAUAUUUCCUAAUCCCCUAAGAAUGAAUGGCUUUAGGUUAGAUAGGCUUGUGGGAAAGUGUCUUGUUUUGCAUGUGUGGUAAAGCUACAUGGGUGUGUCUUGUGUGACGCAAUCUGUAGGAAUGGAAUUAUCUGGUACAAACAGUCUCCCUUUGUAUUACAUUGUGAAGGUAGCACAAGCUUUGGUGUUUUGAAAGAGAAGCUUUGAUAAGGGGCUGACAAAAAAAACUACUCCCACAGUAGCUUGGGCCUUUAACCACACUGGGGCACAUCUAACCAGAACAUUGAAAUCUAAGUCAUCUGCUGUCUCACAUCUUGUCAGACUAUGACGAUGAUUUAUUGAUUGGUUUUAUAAUUCAAUGACCAGAAAGACAGAAUUGUGCAUGUUUUCUGAUCCUCAGGGGAAAGGAACAAGAACCCAGACUAGUCUUUUGAAUCUGGUUGUGUAUCAGGAGGUGGGGAGUAAUGUCGUUAGGUGUUUGUGCUUGAAUAGUAAGGCUAAUUUAAAAUGGCACUAGGAAGAUUAUGCCACUGCUGCAUAACAUGUGGACCCCACUCUAGACCCCACUCAUUGAUGUUAUGGUUUCCACUUUAUUCGAUCAUCUUAUAUCAAUUUACUUUGUUAAUAUUCAUAUUUAUUUUCUUAUGUUAUCAUGGUGAUUGAUUGCAGAUGAUGGACAUUUAUCAGUCUGUACUAAUAGCCUUUCUGUGUGUAUUGUGUAAGUUGAGGGCUGAUUGGUGUGUAUUUGAGUGUGUGACUAUGGCUGCAUUUAGACAGGCAGCCCAAUAAUAUUUUUUCCCACUAAUUGGUCUUUUGACCAAUCACAGAUCUUUUUCAGAGCUGAUCUGAUUGGUCAAAAGACCAAUUAGUGGAAAAAUAUCAGAAUUGGACUCUGUCAAAAUGCAGCCAGUGUGUGAUGCAGGAAAAGAGGUUGCACAACCUGAGAUGCAAUGCCAAGGUAAAUCACCUGCACGUUGGUGAGUACAUUUACACUCGUGAUUUCAUCAAUUCUAAAUUGUAUUCCUAACAAAUGUUUACACUGUGAUGUAGUUCUGCAUUUUCCCUUAAAUUAACACUGGACUUGUUUUUUGUCAGUGAGAUUUGUAUUUUUGUUUCUUGAAAUACUUUUAACAGGUCUUAAUAUAUUAUGUCUACUUUUGGUAUGUUCAUUGGUUGUUCAAAUUAAUAUUUUAAAUGCCGUAUUUCUGACGAAUGGAUGGAUGCCGAGUCUCAGAACCAUAGUGAUUCUGGCCUUGUCAGGACUUGGGAACAAAUAACUGGGAUUGGUAGAUAUGUUAAUGAGCUAUAAUCUGUCAAUGCAGAGAGCAAACUCUCCUACUGACCCUGGAGUUUGGUACUGUCGUUUGCGCGUCUCACUGGCCCACAAAUGAAUGUGUAGAUUCUUCUUCGCUCACACUUGUCAUCUUGUAGUUGCUAGCUGGUUUUGAUGAAGUACUUACUCCUGAGACCUACAUUUAACAUUUACAUUUAAGUCAUUUAGCAGACGCUCUUAUCCAGAGCGACUUACAAAUUGGAAAGUUCAUACAUAUUCAUCCUGGUCCCCCCGUGGGGAAUGAACCCACAACCCUGGCGUUGCAAGCGCCAUGCUCUACCAACUGAGCCACACGGGACCUCUGUGCUAAACAGCUCAAAACCCUGAUGGGCUAUGUAUGUGAUCAUCUCAAUUAUGUUUCAGGCCCACCAAGUUACCCUGCCAAGAACAAACAAUGUAAGAUGUCAUGUUGUCCAUGGUGUGAGAAUCUGACUGGCUCUGGCAGAACAGCUUGUGCCACUGAGCAUUUAGGCAUUCUUGCUGAGCUGCAUUGGUCCAAAUUUACACAACUGAUCUGGUACAAAGAGCUGUUCAGUUUUCAGCCUCCUUUUGUUCAUCUUUGAACUCUCUCUUGCCAAUGUUUAAGUUUUAUACAGCCUCUUAACCUUUAUGGCCCUAGCCCUGUGGUAUCUUGGGCCCUCAGUUGGCUAGUUUUGCCUAGCUGCAUUGCAUUUCCUUUAGUUGGUUAUGCAACAUUUAUGUAUUAGUAACUGCCUAUCAUGUGGAGUUUUGGUUCCUUUCAACAUUGACCCUGAACAUAAGAAUGUGAUGUUUGCAUGUGAACUGCAUUUUAAUUUCUUUUGACUACUUGCCUAUGGCACAUGUAAAAAUAGAAAGGGGUAGGCCUACUCAUGGUAGACCUAAAGUCAUAAUAUUGCACCAGGACGUAAUGACAUACAUGGCUUUAUUUCCCCACUAUAGGGCCAGUAGGAAUGUCAUUAUUUUCCUCAAUAUGACCAUCAUGAGGUUGUGCCAUCUACUGGCUAUGGGUCAUCUAACCAGGUGAUGGUAGUUCUCGCAGUGUUUCCCCUCCAUUCUUGAUUACUUCAGUUUACUGUUAAGGGUCUUAACAGGAUAAAGCUAAUCAAAUGAGGAAAUAUUUCUUGAAGACUGGUGUUCAGAAAUUGUUAGUCGUUACGUGCAAUGGGCCAAUCAGGCAAAUCAGACAGGCAUUUGUUCAGUUGGCCUUGCAAUUAUAUGGCUAAACAUCUCCAUGUUGUCAACUCAGAUUUCUUCAAUGGGUACAAAGUGUAAGCCUGAAUGUAAAAUGAAUUGUGCCAAUUAAUAAAAACACCAGUAUUUCA